AUGGCGAAAGAUGCCUUGACUUGGUUCUCUAACCUCCCCGCCGAGUCGAUCGACAACUUCGACGGCUUAACUAAUGCUUUCCUAAAGCAUUACUCCAUGCAUAUGACCCGAGUCACGCAGAAUAUGUUCACCACGACGCAAGCCCAAGGUGAACCCCUACGCAGUUUUAUGGAGAGGUUCAAGCAAGAAGCUCGCGACACCGGCGACAUGCCCGACAGCGUCCUACUGGAAGCACUCCGUAACGGCCUCUGGAGGACGGCCCCAUCCAAACCUAGAGAAGAAGCCGUGGAGGUACAAAGGAGACACGACCCCAAGAGAUCACUCCUCACAGCGUUCGUAGCAGCCGACGACGAGUCCGAGCAAGAAUCACAAUAUGCCGCAACAAUCUCUACGCCGCAAGAUGCUGCUCCACUCGGAGAUGACAACGACAUCAAAGCAUUCUGA